UGCUCGACUUCCCACCUAACUCAAAAAUACAUUAAUUACAACUGAUUACAACUUACAGAAGAUGCCUACAUCUAAAACCCAUCUGCUUUUUUGAAUAUAAAUAUGACAGAAUAUUGAAUAAUUAAUUAGAAGACGUAUAACAGGAUCCGACAUUUAGACCCCGACUCACAGCACAGACGAGUGCCUUACUGACCGGAAACGUUUGCUUUAAGAACAGUAACAAUUAUGGAGAACACAAGCUGGAUUCUAUUUGCUCUUAUAUUUACAUGUGUAGCAUGCAGCACAAUAACAAGAUUUAAGGAUCCUCUUCCAAUGUGUGAUGAAAAUAUCGUGUGUUCAAAGAUAAAUGCACUAUCGUACUUGACAGAAGAAAGGCACUUUUUCAGUUAUGUCACAUGUCAAUGUCCAAGCGGUCAAAAGUGUCCAAAGGCUCCGGGAAAACAAACGAUUCUAGUUGAGGAAGGCUUAUGGUAUGGGCUGUGUAAUCCCAUUUCUGAAAUGAGACCCUGUAUACCAGGAGAAACAGCAGAAAAACUACAUGUUGAUAUGGAUAGAAAAACAAACAUACAGAUCAAUUGUAUUUGUCCAGCCCAUGAGUUGGAAGUAUUAGACCGAGGGGAAUCGGCAACAGAAUGGGUUCGUGCAAGCAAGCAGAGUGGUCUUACUAUCCAUGAAUUGGUGUGCGGUGCUGGUGGUGCCAAUGAUAUGGAGAAGAGGAAAGGACGAGGUUUUAGGAAGUUCUAUUUCUACAAAAAGUAAAAGAAAUAUACUUUGCAGCAUAUCAACUCAUAAAAUGCAUACCAAAAACCUCACUGAAUCCGUAAAUUUUCUCUUUAAAUUUCAUUGAAAAUAAACCAUUAGUUAUAAAUAAAAUUUCAUACUUGACCGAUAGUUUGAUGAUCAACAUACAGAA